AUGGGAUGCACGCUGCAGCCCCCUGCAUUUCCCCCGGAGAGCCGAGCAUCUCUCCCCUCGGGGUUCCAGUUGGGUUCACCGCUCCGAACUCAAGCUCGACCCUUAGCGGCUCCUCGCCCCGCCCCUUUUGGGCCGCAGCGAAAACCCGGCUGGGUGGAUCGCCCCGCGGCCAGGUUCCGCGCUCCCCUAGCGGGUCAGUGCACGCUAGAGACCGGGGUUGCAGGGCGGGAGUAUGAAUUACGGGACGGUAGGAAACUGCAGCCCCAGCGAGUGGGCGGACGAGGAGACCUAGGAGGGUUCAAAAGGAGGUGGAGGGAUACACGGGCCACAGUCGGAACUACUUUCAGGAGGAGGUCACGUGUGUUCCUAGUUGGGGAACUUUCCAAAUUCCCACUCCCAUUUGAUAGCUCUAGAGGCAAGUGCUUCCCUUCCUUUGCCCAGGGUGCUCCCGCCAUGUACGGGUAGCUGGACCCCAGAGCCUCCCCGGUUUCGGCGGAAGAAUAGGCUCAGACGAUCCUCCCGCCGGAGCGCUGUCAGUGCUGGCGCCUGAGGAGCUGGUUACACAAGCACCCACAUCCAAGCACGUGCCCCCGCCUCCCCUCACCUUGGCUGCCGCCGCUGAUUCUUGCGGAUCUCGGAGCAAGAGUUCCCAAGCUGGGCACCCUUUCCUGCUACCCACAGAGCAAGCUAGAGGACGGAGACCUGAAACUCCGAGCUCUGGAUCCGCUACCACUGCGCCUUCCAAACCGUGGGAGAAGGGGCUGGGCCCCGGGGGUCUGGCGCAUCUUCCUUGCUAGUGCCCUGCCCCCUAGGGCGAACCUUUCUGGUGCUGUACUCGCGGGGCAAAGGGUAUCUACUGCAGCAGCCCGGUGAUUGAAUUCAGCGAUGUUGCGACAAACUUUCAGUCACUACUGAGCGGGUGAGCGCGCCCCACCUACUGUAGACUCAGCCUAGUGACUUAUCUGGUCGGAGAACCUAGUCCAUGGCCUUCAGCCCAGAACAAACUUGUCAAGUCUGCUUAGAGCUCGGAUUGUUUGACCUAAACCGCGAAAGAUCUGGUUCGGAAAUGCUGAAAACUAGAGCACAUUUACCCUGACAUCGAUCGGCUGCAAAGCCUGAGGAGAGAGAACCCUUUUCAAUUCCUGUGGCACAGAGUUAUUCUGGAGCAGAGAGGGUGUGCAUCACCAGUACUAACAUGCUGGAAUAUGAGACUGGCCCACAAGCACUUCCAUCUGCUGAAAGAAGAAACUGGAAAAUGAGUUUUGCUGCUACUCUAAACAUCAGGUCCCUCUACUUAUCUCCAUGGUGAGUGAAAGGACCACCAACGUUGGCAGAUAUUUGACCAGCCUGACAGCAAUACCAGGUGGUUAUUAGAAGUUGCUGAGUAAAAAAUUUCCUCCCCUUCCCAGUGUUAAGUGGGUUCCUGAAGGAAAUCCUUUUUUAAUUUUUGUAUUUCUUCACUUUGUCCUCCUACCCAAGAAGUCUCCAUAUGCAGGUGGUAGAGCUGAAACCUUUAAAUAGCUGACACUAUCUAAUGUACAGAAAGUUUUUUAAAAUGUUUUUUUCAAGUUCAGUUGCAAAUAUCUGCUUGGCUGUACAGAUAUUACAAUACAUUGGUUUCUAAACACUUCAGUUAUUUACCUGUCUGGAUUCAGACUGCCCUGGGGAGAAACAGAAGCUGGUAACAAAGGGAGAAUUAUAUAAAGCUUCAGGGAGACUAACCAUACAGAAUAAUUAGUGAACAGGAAAAACCAGCUUUAAUUAUAGUUUCUAACAGCUGAUUCCAAAACUGUAUUGCUACUGCAUCCAGAGAAUAUCUAAAGAAAAUUCCUUUCUUAUUUUCUUUGAUAAGUGAAAUGACCAGCAACUCAAUGGGGAUGAUAUAAAUAGUUGAUGUGCUCUUUGUAGGUCCUGCUGCUAAAAUGUCUUUUGUUGAACACUGAUUGCUAUAGUGCCUUUCUCAUCUCCCACACACUGACCUUUCAAAUAGAGAUCUAAAGCAAUGGCUUCAAUUUUUAAGUAAUCUUCUCUAUUUUUAUCUGCUUAACCACUGUUUUCUAAAUAAUACAGAGUAAAAAGUAUGUAAUAAUUAUAUAUUUUAACUUAAACCAUCCCAUUCUUCCAAUGGUCUGAAGACUUUUCCCUUAUUUCAGUUAUCCUAAUUACAAAUAUCCCUGUUGUUUUAAAUAAAGACCUUUUGCUUACAACAUUUCUCCAGAAGGUACCAGUAUGGAUCAUACAAGCAACCACAUCCUAAAAGAGAAUUUUCCAUUGUUGCCUACAAGUUCUUCAUGCCCUAAUCUCCUGGAGCUCUUUCAGAUGGCACUUGUGUCUCCUUUCACAACUCAGUAGAGAGGUGUGCUGUAUGAAAUAUCACACAAAGAGAAAUGAGGGCUGGGCUGGGAGAACCACAGAGCAGACUAGGCACUCACUAUGUCCAAGUGGCAUUUAGAAAUUGUGACUUGGACUAGAGAGUGAUAGAAAAGAAAGACCUAACAUGACAAGACAGCUUAGAUUGUUUUAGUCUCUGAUCUAACACUGGCUAUUGGAUAUUCCACUCUGGUCCCCUUAAUACUAACUCUAGCCCUAGGAACACAUAUCUUGCCUUUUAGCUCUUCCGAUAAUAGAAAAAGAUAAUAAUUUUUAUGUUACCAGCAGAUAUUGGGGCAUUUACCAGGUGCUUCACAGAGUAGCCCUCAUUGGUCCAGGUAUAGGAGGGACACUGAGAAGGAGUCAAGGGUAACUAUUGCCUCACUCCUACAAAUCUUUCCCUUCAGAACAUCCUUCUGGCUUCUGAGGUAUCACUUUUUCUGGCAACAAAAAGCAACAAAAAACCUUUUUGAAAGAGAAAAUGCAUGGUUAAAACUCUAUCUAAGGGACUUCCCUGGUGGUCUAGUGGUUGAGAAUCCGCCUGCCAAUGCAGGGGACGCGGGUUCGAUCCCUGGCUGGAGAACUAAAAUCCUACAUGCCAGGGGGCAACUAAGCCCACACACCACAACUACUGAGCCUGUGCACUCUGGAGCCCACCCGCCACAACUAGAGAGAAGCCUG